GAGAGAGAGAGAGAGGAGACGUGAGCACUGAGCAAUAUGUUCUCAGUUUCUUUCUUCGUAUGUGUAGUGUAGCGUAGCUGCCCAACCUCUUCUACCUUCCACCAUCUAUCUGACCCUUUAUAAAUUUCAACCCCAAAACAUUCUCAUUUUUUGUUCACCCUUCAAUGGAAAGCCAACAAGACCCACCACAAAAUUCUCCUCUCUUCCCUUUCACUCCCGAGUCAAUGAUGCAAAACCCUUUGGAACCUCAAGGCUUGCAUGAUGAUGACAUAGACUGGGUUAACCUUUUCUCUGGCCAAAACAACUUCCUUGGGGAUGCAAAGGCAAUCAUGGAAUGCACUUCUUCAUCUUCAUCAUCAUCAUCAUGUGCUUUGAUGGCUGAAAAGAGUGAUAAAGAGAAAGGAAAAGGAGGCAGAUUGAAGAAGACAACACAACCUAGGUUUGCCUUUCAGACGAGAAGUGCAGAUGAUAUUCUGGAUGAUGGCUAUCGUUGGAGGAAGUAUGGCCAGAAAACUGUGAAGAACAGCAUACAUCCCAGAAGCUACUACCGGUGCACGCAUCAUACAUGCAAUGUGAAGAAACAGGUGCAAAGGUUAUCGAAAGACACAACCAUCGUGGUGACCACGUACGAGGGUAUUCACAAUCACCCAUGUGAAAAGCUCAUGGAAACCCUAACACCACUUCUCAAGCAAAUGCAGUUUCUCUCUAGGUUAGGUUCAACUAAUAACGCUGCUCCUUCUUCUCUGCUAUAGCUACAUGCAUGCAACCUGCAUGUUUGCAUCAUGUAACUCUAUGUAUCAACUUCACCUAUAUUUACGCUCUUAAUUUGCUUUCUACUUAAUUAAUUAUUGUAACUGAGAUGUAUACAAUAUAUGUCACAGCUGGUCCAUUUGACAGUGCAAA